GAUAGCGACCAUGAUCUUCGCUGAUCUUCGUGAGAAUUGGCGGGAGUUUCGCCAGGUCACAACACAGUUAUGUAUGCAUUCGCAUUCGUUUCUGCGACGACCAGCUUCAUAAGCUGCGACGAUGCUUAACUUUUCAAAGUCCUCUCCACCCCCAUAUACGUCCAAUCCCUACCGAACCUCCCGUUUACCUUCUCCAGCAAUUUCUCGCAGACCCUCACCGUCCUAUUUGCCACUAGCCAUUCUCCGCUCUUCCAAAUCUUUGCUCACCAAACGUUAUUUUCGGGUUCUAUUCUUUGUAGUUUUCUCCGCCACUUUUCUCUUUCUUUUCCUCAGAUUAACACCUGCACCCUCGUUUGAACCGUUGCAAGUUAAUCACAGCUCUGCCGGAAAAGAUCAAGUAUUGCUACCGCCUACCUAUUUACCUCCUACAUACGAACAGCAAAAGGGCCUUCCACCACUCUUCGAAGCCUGGAAGGAGUAUGAACGGACUCUUCCGCAGCAUGCAGACGAUGAUGGGGCUAUUAAGUUCAUCUACAUGAAGAAUCAUGUCUUUGCUUCUGGAUGGGGCAACGCUUUGCAGGAAAUGAUCCUCAAUACACAUCUCGCAUACCUAUCUGGUCGUUCAUUCGUAUUCGACAAUUACACUUGGGACCGGUCACCGUCAGAAUACUCCACAUUCAAUGGCAAAACAAUUUUAUCUCGCGUACCCGUGUCUACCAUGUUGGCAGGUCCAAUGAUUGGUGGCUCCUUCGAUCCAUCCUAUUUCGCCGAUCCUCUCUUUACAAUCGACCUUUCCCCACAAUCCCAUCCGCGUGCUGUCUCUAGCGAGUACUACGAACGCGUUUGUUCAGGCGAAAAGAAGAUAGUAGAUUCUGCCGUCGUCCGUGACGCUGUAGCCAGCUGGGACGGCAAGGCUAAUCUUGAAGCUUGGGUUAAACAUUUAAAAUCUCUUCCUAAUCGGUGUGUUGAAAUAGAUGUCAAAUCAGAGCACAUAUUCAACAUCUGGAUGUUUGGCUCUCCCAAAAUUCUCACUCUUUGGCCAUCACUAUCUCAAUCUCCAAUCUUGAGGCAAUUCUCUCAUUCUCCACUCAUUCUUGGUGCAUUUGAACGUCACCGCCAUUUAUUUGGUGUCAUAGACACGAAACCCGUUAGAAAGCCGCAUCUUGUACAAAAGUUGGGAACAAUUUUGUUAGACAGCUUUUACUCGCGCGCACGGUCAAAAAACGGCAAGGAAUCGCGCACCCCAAUAUCUUCCAUAUCCACUCCCCCUUCGAACUCUUCUCUUCCUCUCAUUGACUUUGAUCAACUGCCGCAGCUUUAUCCUCACUCUCCUGCGAGCCCCAAUAUAAACGAUACCAUUCCGGGUCUAGUAGUCCUUCACAUUCGACGUGGUGAUUUCGAACAACAUUGUAUUAAUCUCGUCGAAUGGGGAGCGGCUUUCAACGGGUUCAACUCGUUCGAAGAUAUCCGGGAACAGGAUGGCUUUGACUCUGCUGCAGCUGGUGCAGGAACUCGUCCACCCGGAGAUGAGCCCAUUGCACCAGAACAAGAAUCGGACUUCGCGGCGAAGUUGAAGGAUAUGUCAGAAGAGGAAAAGAAGCAAGCGAGGAAAGCCCGGAAAGAGACCCUUGAAGCCUAUGCCGCCGCCAAAAAGGAUUACGAACAUCGGAAAGCGAAAUACGACACUGCCAAAACCAAUUACCUAGAACGCUGUUUUCCGGAAAUUGACCAGAUUGUCAGACGUGUAAGGCAAGUCCGUGAAGCUGCAUCACUCGAUUCCUCGAAAUCCGAUACCCAAUCCGCGCCAUUAACCCAUCUCUAUGUUAUGACAAAUGGCAGACCACCAUUCUUAGCGGAACUUCGGGCAGCUCUCGAACUCGACGCUAUUGCUAACAACCCUCUCGACCUUCCCCCUUGGGAAUCAAUAUACACAUCCCGAGAUCUGGAGCUCGGCUGGGAGGAAGCGUAUGUUUCACAGGCGCUGGAUAUGUAUGUUGCUCAGCGGGCUGAAGUGUUUGUCGGAAAUGGUUUUUCGAGCUUGACAUCGAAUAUUCUCAUGCUGAGAAAGGCAAAUGGUGUGGAUUCAAUAAAAACACGACUCUGGUGAUCAGAUCCAGGGGGCGGGAGUUUUCUGACUGGUACAUGACCCCCGUGCGAAAUUUCAGGUUGCCGCGCAGGCAACCCGGCAUGUCUCACAAACAGUGAAAGUAUAAGCGCGAUCUGAGUGCGAUGAAGCAAUAAGACUGGAUAGGAAUGUGAACAGAUUAUACUUUGCUAUAUGUCCCUGCUCGUUGUCUCUGUGUAUAUCUAUAUACCAUAACAGUGGCAGCUCUGUCCUGUUUCAAAACCUUCACUGUCUGGAACUGUGUACUGGUUUCAGAAUUGCUCUGUGUCAUUAACACCAGUACUCAUGUAUAUUUCCUCUGCUUUUGAUGCUGAAAGAACUGAGUUGGAUUACACUGCAGGGAUGAAGGCCUUCUCUUGCCCCAAAUAGGCUGCAAGAUCAGUUACAAAAUUCUCCCUUUUAGCAAGAACA